GCUCCUUAUUAGAACAGUGCAGGACAGCAGCUCCCGGUGGCUGCGCCGCCUGGCCGCCGACUUUCCUUCCACGGGUCAACGCUGGAGCGCACGCAGGGUUGCUUUACCUGCGCUGCAGCCCCAGCCCCUCCUGUGCAAGAAGGCCCCGUGGUCUUUGUCUUCCCUGGGCCACCUUGUCUGGACAGUGACAAACUGGCUUUAUUAUUAAGUAGACAAGUCCCGAAGCGCAGGACCUUGGAAUGUAACACUUCCAUCAGUUUUAAAGAAAGAUGGCUCGGACCACGGGACCCCUAUCAAGGAAGAUCUUUAAAGGAGUUUUAGCAGCUGAGCUUGUGGGUGUUUUUGGAGCUUAUUUUUUGUUUAAAAAGAUGAACUCGAGCCAAGAUUUCAGGCAAACAAUGAGCAAGAGAUUUCCCUUCAUUUUGGAAGUUUAUUACAAGUCCAUUGAACAGUCUGGAAUGUAUGGCGUUAGAGAGAAAGAUCAGGAGAAAUGGUUGGCUAGCAGGAAUUAAGGCCAGUCAUCACGCUCAGCUUCCCACUUGAGCUGUUUGAAACCUUUGAGGGGAGACGACAGAUGAGUCUGUGCCCGUGACCUCCACAGAAGUUCCCUGACCAUAACUGCAGGCUGCGGUUUCCCACCCUCUGUGCUCACCCACUGUUGUUGCUCUCCUCUACUGUCUACAUGAGGAUUUUACAAGUGAAAAUAUAGAAGGAUUUAUACUGGGAAGAUUUUUAUUCUAUUUUAUGAAAGAAUAGAAACUAGUGAUUAUAACAUCAGGAAUAAUUACAAAGUCUUCAUGCAUGUAAGAGUACAACUUUAGCCAAGUCUAAAUAAAAUAGACUGACUCUUGAAGAAAAAACGUC